ACACACACACACACACACACACACACACAAUGACUGUUCUUAUGAGCAGCUGGGGUUGUACAUAGGGCUCAUGAGACACACUUCACCUGCCAUGUAUGAUGCCACCUCUCUGCACUUGUUGACAAUGUGACAAUUCUGCAUCAGUGCCACAGACUAGUGCCUGAGUGACAGGACACAAUAUUGUAUAUAUGCAAUAUUUUCUCCUGAGACCGCAGGUGGCCAGGGAAUAUCCCAUCACUGCCACCAAAUUCAGCAGGGAGGUGUAGUAGACCAUGUGAAAUAGAGGGGGAAGUGUGUAUAAGUUUGGUUUAGUUCCUGUUGCAAUAUGCUCAGAGUCUAGUGUUAUAAUGCCUUGUGCAUUUGUACAGUGGUUUAAUAAUCUGGCCACAUCAAUAAAUAUAAUUACCAUUAAAUGAAAAGAGAUAAUUAGAAGAAAGUACCUGCUAUUGACGUAAAAGGACGUGAUGACGGUCUUCUCUCCUCUUGAAUCGUAGGACACGGAUAUGAUGUCACCACGGCAGUGUCGCUGUGGCGGUCUCUAUGGCGACGCCGCGUGCUGCAGCAGUGACGCCACCCUGGCUCGUGGUGAGUGGGUGUGACCCGCCCCUUAGAGCCCCCUGUCCGUGUGGGCGGCCCGGUGAGGAGAGAGCGAAACACGACACCCGAGAGAGGAACCAGGGGGAGGAGAAAGAGUAGCCACAGAGUACAGAAUGUUAGUGAGUGGAGGAAGAAAGAAAGUCUAAAGAGGACGACUGCUAUUCUACAGAACGGUUAUUUUAGCCACAAUAUGUCAAACAACGGGGAAGAUGCGAUUGAGAUGGAGUAAACAACUCGACAGUUCGUGAAAGUAUAUGCAAACAAGGAAAGAUACGGGUUUUCGGUUCGUGUGCUUGUCAGGACGGUUGACCGUGUUCCGCUGCACCUCGAACAGGACAAGGCGAAGUUGCCGUGGGACAAACAGCAGUGAGCUACAUCAACUGACUGCGAUUCGGGGAAAGUAACGUUACCCCGAUCGCUACAGUUGAGGAAGGGGGUAUUGGGAAAGAAAGUGGAAGCAAAGGGGCCCGCGAGUGGAGCAACAGUGGAAAGUUUAACGUUAGCCUGUUCCCCCCCUCGUUGUUCCAUUCCGAACCAAAGGAAGGGCUCAGAGGGAGACGACUUUUCCUUCCACAAACGCUACUGACUUGAGAUCCACCAAGCUCGCUAGCUAACGUAAACUACCUUGCAACACUCAAAAUGAAAACCCCCGGAGAUUCGGGGUUUGCCUUUCCAGACUGGGCCUACAAACCUGAGUCGAGCCCCGGCUCGCGACAGAUCCAGCUGUGGCACUUCAUUCUGGAGCUGCUGAGGAAGGAGGAGUACCAUGAUGUCAUCGCCUGGCAGGGGGACUAUGGAGAGUUUGUCAUCAAGGACCCUGACGAGGUGGCCCGGUUAUGGGGGGCCCGCAAGUGCAAACCCCAGAUGAACUACGACAAGCUGAGCAGGGCACUCCGGUAUUACUACAACAAGAGAAUCCUCCACAAGACCAAAGGGAAGAGGUUCACCUACAAAUUCAACUUCAACAAACUGGUCCUGGUCAACUACCCUUUCAUAGACAUGGGCUCCACAGGUAGUGGUGUUCCUCAGAGUGCCCCACCAUUGCCUUCCGCAGCAGGAACUCAUUUCCGCUUCCCACCAUCCACGCCAUCCGACAUGCUUUCACCCAAUGAGGACCUGCGUAGCCCCGGGGGCGUGUUCAGCGCCGUGGCUCGGCGCAUGGCGCGCGGCUCUGUCAGCGACUGCAGCGAUGGGACCUCCGUCAACUCUGAGAUCGAGGACGGCAACGGGGGAGGCCCAGGGGGAGGAGGAGUAGGAGGCCCAGGGGGAGGAGGGUACAGGAGUAUGAUCCACCCCCGUAUGUCCCAUGAGUCUCUGUUUAGGAUGUAUGGUGGAGCUGGGAACCACAACGCCCACCCUGGCUCCCGCGGCCCCCUGGGACACAGGGUCCACCCCGACAACCUGUCCCCCUUCCCCGUGUCCCCCCUGCCUGGCCCUGGGGGUGCAGGGCUCUUAGCCCCACCUCUGUCCCCAGCCCUGUCCUUGACCCCCUCCUCCCACCUGCCCUACACCCCGUCCCCCUCCCUCUCCCCCAUGCUGGGCUCUCACUUCUCCUUCAACCCUGAGGAAAUGAAGCGCUACCUGCAGGCCCACCACCAGAGUGUUUACAACUACCACCUCAGCCCCAGAGCCUUCCUCCACUACCCCAACGUCAUCAUUCCCCAGCCACACCGCCUCGCCCAAGACAAGAGAGAACUGGGCGAGAGGGGAGGAGCAGAGAGAGGAGGAGAACGCUCAGGUCUGAAUAGUCAUCGACACCCAUCACCCCUGUCCCAAUCCCACUCUCCUCACCCGCACUCAGCCCACCCUCACCCUCACUCAGCCCACCCUCACACGGCCCAUUCCCACCCCCACCCCAUCCACCACCCACUGCACCUGGGUGAGGAGCCGCCUCACCUCUCGCCCUUCAAGUUCAAGCUGCAGCCUCCUCCAUUGGGCCGGAAGCAGAGGGAUGGUAGCCAGGACCACCACCCCAGGCAGAGCUCACUGUCCUCGGGCUCAGGGUCCCUGUCGUCCUCCGGUCUGGGGUCCUCCCUGUCCUUCGGUAGUGACCUGAGCUCAGCCGGCGGGUCAGGACUCAUCUCCAACUCCUCCUCCACCGGCUCCCUCAACAGCACCGGGCUGCCCAAGAUCAAGGUGGAGCCCAUCUCAGAUAUUGAGUCAGAAGAGGAGGUGGAGGUGACUGACAUCAGUGACGAAGACCCCGACGACCGGGGCGACGAGUACGACCUCUUCUCCCCCCGACACCCCCGGCCUCACCCCCACCACCCCAACGGGACCUCCUCCCACCCACACCCCCACGACGAGGACCUGGAUGAGGAUGUCUUCAAGGCCCCCGCGCCCCCCCCUCCAGGCCUGCUGCCCUUCUUCACCUCCCACCCCCACCGCGGACCUCCCACCCUGAAGAGUGAGCCGGCUGAGCCAGGCGACACCCCCCCUCCCCAGUCCCCCGCCCAGGGGCAGACCAAGUGCAUUCCACUCAAGCUGCGCUUCAAACGGCGCUGGAGUGAAGACCAACGAAUGGAGGCCAUGGAAGAGCAGGAUGACAAGAAAGUACGAGGGGAGAAGGAGAGGGAAAGAGAGACGGAGAGGAAUGGAGGGAUGCAUGAGAACGGGGCUGGCAGUGCCCCCAGUCCCCCAGCCCUGGGGGGGUAUGAGUGUUCCCUCCCGUUGGCUCAGAGGGGGUGAACCAGGACCUGCACCAGGCCACAGCCCAACUGUCACUGGAGAACAAGGACUGCUGAUGCUGAUCCACACACACAUAGGGAUACAUAGAAACACUAAUGCUAGCAGACAGUGGUGGUUUAGGACAGUGUAAAUGACUCCUAAGGUCCUCCUGCCACUCUGACAGACAGACAGUUCUCUCCUAACUCAAACUAAACCUGGGCCUAAUCAAACUCCAAACCCUGAUGCAGUCCACACCCUCCUCCCAAAGCCCUUACCUUCUACUGUAUUGAGACCCCUCCCUCAGAGACUGUUGAAGAAGAGAGGGGACUUUUGGUCCAAGCAAGCCCAGACUCAGUGACUUAAACCAGGGGCAGAACCAGAGGGGACGCUACUCUCUGCUUGUGUCUGGAUGGAACCCCCAAGCCAGUUUCCUGUCCAGCCCACCGUCAGCCUCAUAUCCAGCCUCCAGCCCAGCACUGCCCCACAUCUCCUGACCCAGCUAUUUUGCCUCACCUUUCCUGCCUUCUGGCCCCCCCUCUAGGGUUAGUCUGUCUUUCUCCUCAGGGGACCCCAACUCAGACAGCCCAGCCCCCUGGCUUUCCAGCCCUGCAGACAUGGAGGAUGAGAUUUCUCCCAUUUUAUUUUUGUAUAGAGAUGAAGACGGGGCUUCUACAAGUGCCUGUACCUGUAUCAGACACACUGAGAGAGAGAGAAGACUGAGGAGGAGAGCAUGGGUGUAAGAGUAUGACCCUGAAGAAGGCACAGUGAUGCCGAAACGUUGGUGAUUUACCCAAUAAAUGACCGGGAGUUUAUACAUAGUGUGAGACUCUCUCUAUUAUUUAUGUAAUAGUAUCCCCCCCGUUCUUACCCAUAACAGACACACAGGAAAGUUGGGCUGUCGAUUGGGGGCAGUGGAACCUAGUCGUGGUAAACUGGCAGACUCCUUCUCGCAACACUGGCCACUCCACUCAGGGAUGCCACAGACACACACACACCAGCUGCUGGGGAAACAGACAGUGGACAGGACUUUGGGACAUGGAGGCUUUGCUCUUGGACUGCUACUGAAGGGUACUGCUAUUCAACACACACUUUAUUUCUCUCUAACACUCCUCUGUCAUCACUUUUGUACUUUCCUCUCUUUCUGUAAUAUUUUCUCUCUCUCUCCUACUUCCGUCCCUUUCUUUUGUGGACCUGAAAGAUCCUGAUCUAAAUGAGAGAAGGGAGAGGGUGGAGGAUAAACGGAGGGGGAGGGAGCAGUGGCUCGGUUGUUAGAUGACAGAGAGGAACAGCGAGAGGACCAUUGGGAGGGGGAGAGAGCUCUCCUAUGGAAAAGGAGAGUGAUGGGUCCAUUAUCUUUUAACUGUUAGCUUAGCUUAGCCUUGUCUAUCCCAUGGCAGGGCAGAAGCAAGGGCCACCUGCACAGAAUCCUAGUUCACCAGCUCCACCCAAAUCCCUUACUCCUGUUCUAUCAACCAUAGUCUCAUAGUGUUAACUAAACCAGCAGAAUACGCACACAACACUGCAUAUGCAAGCACACCUGUAGACACACACACACACACACACACACACACACACACACACACACACACACACACACACACACACACACACACACACACACAUACACACA